AGGGGCUUGAACCCACAGACCACAAGAUCAUGACCUGAGCCGAAGCCAGACACUUCAUGGACUGAGACACCCAGGUGCCCCGGCCUUGGGUGAUUUUUUAUCUGCAGUCAAACUUGACCUCCUUCACACUGAGGAGUCCCAAAUCUGUAUCUUCUACCAAACUUCUCCUAACUCCAAACUGCUAAAUCCAGACAUCCACUGAUCAUUUGGAUAUCCACUUGGAUGUUCUGCAGGCAUCUCGAACUCACUAUCUCCUCAACUGCACACAUUACAUUUCUCCACGAACCUACAUUCCAGAUCUAAUGAUGGAAAUCCUUAUCCAGUCGGUCGCCCAAGCACAAACCUGGCUUGGUUUCUGCUUUCCCUUCCUACAAGUGGGCAAGUGAGGUUUCUAGGCCAGGAGCGGGCGUUGGGGGGGUGGUGGUCAGUGGAUAGAAAAUUAGGUUUGAUGAAGAGUGGACAGUCACAGAGGAAUAUGCAAAUCCCUAGGAGAAGAUGACUGUGUUCUUUAAAACACUUAGAAAUCAUUGGAAGAAAACUACAGCUGGGAUCUGUCUGCUGACAUGGGGAAGCCAUUGGCUGUAUGGAAAACACUGUGAUAACCUGCUAAGGAGAGCCGCCUGCCAAGAAGCUCAGGUGUUUGGCAACCAACUCAUUCCUCCCAAUGCGCAAGUGAAGAAGGCCACGGUUUUUCUCAAUCCCGCAGCUUGCAAAGGCAAAGCCAGGACUCUAUUUGAAAAAAAUGCUGCCCCGAUUUUACACUUAUCUGGCAUGGAUGUGACUGUCGUUAAGACUGAUUAUGAGGGCCAAGCCAAGAAACUCCUGGAACUGUUGGAAAACACAGAUGUGAUCAUUGUUGCAGGGGGAGAUGGGACACUGCAGGAGGUUAUUACUGGAGUUCUUCAAAGAGCAGAUGAGGCUUCCUUCAGUAAAAUCCCCAUUGGAUUUAUCCCACUGGGACAGACCAGUAGUUUGAGUCAUACUCUCUUUGCCGAAAGUGGAAACAAAGUCCAACAUAUUACAGAUGCUACACUUGCCAUUGUGAAAGGAGAGACCAUUCCACUCGAUGUCUUACAGAUCAAGGGUGAAAAGGAAAAGCCAGUGUUUGCAGUGACCGGCCUUCGAUGGGGAUCCUUCAGAGACGCUGGCGUCAAAGUUAGCAAGUACUGGUACCUUGGUCCUCUUAAAACCAAAGCGGCUCACUUCUUCAGUACUCUUAAGGAGUGGCCUCAGACUCAUCAAGCCUCUAUCUCGUACACGGGACCCACAGAGAGACUUCCCAGUGGAGCAGAAGAGACCCCUCCCCGGCCCUCUUUGUACAGGAGAAUCCUGCGAAGGCUCGCGUCCUACUGGGCCCAACCGCAGGACGCCCUGUCCCAGGAGCUGAGCCCCGAGGUCUGGAAAGAAGUGCAGCUGUCCACCAUUGAACUGUCCAUCACCACACGGAACAGCCAGCUGGACCUGACGAGCAAAGAAGACUUCAUGAACAUCUGCAUUGAACCCGACACUGUCAGCAAAGGAGACUUCAUAACCAUAGGAAGCAAAAAGGUGAGGGACCCCAGGCUGCGGGCGGCUGGCACCGAGUGUCUCCAGGCCAGCCAGUGCACCCUGCUGCUUCCUGAGGGCACCGGGGGCUCUUUCAGCAUCGACAGCGAGGAGUACGAGGCGAUGCCCGUGGAGGUGAAGCUGCUGCCCCGGAAGCUGCAGUUCUUCUGCGACCCCAGGAAGCGGGAGCAGCUGCUGCCGCGCUCGGCCCCGUGAGCGCCCAGGGAGCCGCGGCACCCCCGGUGGGACCCAAAGGGAGCAGAGGCCUCGGCAAGUACCCGCCCCUCCCCGCGGCCCCGGCCCGCCCCCCUCCCCUCGCCGCGCAUGCUCCUCCUUCCGUGUGACCACUGUCCCCCUCCGUGGCGCCGUCCCCGCCGGGGGCCCGCGUGCGGUGGAGGGAAAGGGGCCCGACCUCGCGCCGGCCCCCAGGUGCAGCCGGGCUUCUCCAUGGGUGCUGCUGCUUUCUGAGCUCAGAUUUGAAUGUCGCUGGUCUCCGUCCUCCCCUCAGUCCAGAAACCUGUGAGGUGUUUCCCCCUCAGCCGCGAUGCUGUAAGAUACUAGUUUGUAUUAUUUUUUCCAGUAGCGCUUAAGUAUUGGUUUGCAUGAGAACCACCCGGGGGUGCAUGCCGAAAACCUAGCAACUCAAGCUGGGGGUGGAGCCCCGGGAUCUGCAUUUCUAAUUAAAAGCCCAGGUGCUUCUUCUACUCCAUGCGGUCCCCCAGCCUUGCUGGUCAGUGUGGCAAAGCACACCAGCCACCGUUCACGCACCCCUACGAGUAUUUUGGAAGAUCGUGUAUCCCUCACACUUUCUAGAUAUCACCUUAAGAGUUGCCAGUAUGUGUAUUUCCUGGUGUCAUGUAAAUAUUGGUUAUUUUAAAAUAAAGCUGUUAUAUCACUCUUUUAAACA